AUGGGGUGUUGGGACGAAGGAGUAUGGAGGUGGAAACUCGAGUGGAGCCGAGAGCCGAGGGGUCGUGAACUUGAUCAAAUCCAGUCCCUUAUCUCUUUCAUUGACAGUUGUGUGUUGAGGACAGAUAAGCGGGAUGGUUGGAGAUGGAAAGCGUCUUCCAAUGGAGCCUUCUCCGUCAAGUCGGCUUAUGAGGCUAUUAGCCGGGAGAAAAGACAGCCGAACGAGCAAAGAAAAGAAGGUGAACUGACGCAGAUCUGGAAAACCAAAGCCCCUGCAAAAGCCAUUAUUACGGCCUGGAAGGUGCUCAAAGGUAGAUUACCAACCCUAGACAAUCUCAUCCGCCGGCAGGUGCCUAUCCAGCCUCCGAUUUUUUGCGUUUUCUGUAAGGAGAAAGAAGAGUCCAUCGACCACCUUUUUUUCUCUUGUUCGAAAUCUGAGGAAGUUUGGAAGGAAUUGAUACAGUGGAUGGGCAAGCAAGUUGUCUUUCAUCAUAAGGCGAAGCCCCAUUUCAAUGUUUUUGUUAAUCUCGGGCACAAAGAAGACGUCAUGUUCUUAACAGCAGUUUGGAUCUGUGUUGUUUGGUGUGUUUGGAAGAAGAGAAACGAAUGCAUUUUCAAUCAAGGCUCUUGGAUUAAGGAGAGAAUGGUUUCUGAAAUCAAGACAAGAAUUUGGGGUUGGAGCUUGGCUUUCAAUCUGAAUCUGAACACCUCUGAUUUCUGCAGCUGGAACGCAACGGCCUGUUUACAUGGUUGA